GCAGAAUGGAUCAAACCAAAGUACCGCCCAUCCCCUACUUGGCCUGAAACGGGCAGGGUGGAAUUUAAAUCCUACUCAACACGGUACCGAGAGGGCUUAGACCUCGUGCUGAAAGGAAUUGACUGUAUCAUUAAAGGGGGCGAAAAGAUAGGUAUUGUAGGUAGAACAGGCGCAGGGAAAUCAUCCGUGACGCUGGCGCUCUUCCGCAUCAUUGAGCCAUCAGGGGGAGACAUUAACAUUGACAAUUCGUCGAUAUCUUCUAUGGGGCUCCAUGACUUAAGAUCUAAAAUAACAAUACUACCUCAGGAUCCUGUCAUAUUUUCUGGAUCCAUCCGUUCAAACUUGGAUCCGCUCCAGAGAUUUUUAGAUCAGGAUCUUUGGGUGGCGAUAGAGAGAGCUCAUAUGAAAGACUUCGUCAGUAGCUGUGUAGGGCAGCUAGAUUACGAAUGUGGGGAAGGAGGACAAAACUUCAGUGUUGGUCAGCGACAACUGAUUUGUCUGGCUAGAACUCUACUACACAAGACAAAGAUCCUGGUUCUGGACGAAGCCACGGCAGCCGUGGAUGUAGAGACAGACGAACUGAUCCAGAGGACAAUUAAAUCAGAGUUCAGUGACUGUACUGUACUGUCUAUAGCUCAUAGACUCAACACAGUGAUGGAUUACGAUAGAAUAAUGGUGAUGGACAAAGGGUUGAUAGUCGAGUUUGGAGCCCCACAAAAACUACUGGAGGAUAAAUCCGGGGUCUUCUACUCGAUGGCUAAAGCGGCUAACCUCGUUAAUUAAAAUAUCUUAUCUAGAAUUAUUAUAGUACUGUGAAAUCACUUAUUUUCGGGGGAUGGGGUAUUUUUGUUGUUUUCAAGGUAUCUCAAGAGACUCAUGAAUUUAUUUCCAUCUAGAAAUGCUAUUUUUCAUAUACAUUAAUGCUGAAUAAUUUUUCAACCACGAAUCAUUUCAAAUCAUAUCCGAAAUUAAUUCCCAUGAAUCAGUAUAUUUUCCUUAAAUCACAAAAACCUGAUCCCUAGAAAAUAUGUGAUUUUUUGUUCUAUGAUGCUCAAUAA